UUAUGAUAAAGGAGUUUGUAUUUUUUCGUAGGAGGUUCAGCCAUCAGGAAGUAUUGAAGAUAUAAUAAGGAAGUAUGUGUUUUACAUAGGAGGUUCGUACAGUAAUUAGCUGGCGGAAGACCAGCUGUUUUGAUAAACAUUCGAACAGGAAGUUAUUUUGCUGUCGUGACUGUAAUCAUGGCGGAAGGAUGGCGUGAACAUUUAGACAAUAUCAACAAGAAUUGUAUCAGUAGACUUCAGGAGUAUGCUGCCAAGAGAGGUUCAGAGGUUCGAUAUGAAACGUAUCCUAGUCAGGGAGGAUUUGGAUGUAAAGUGUAUUUUGCAAAGUUCAUUGCAAGUGGAACAGGAGAUAGGAAAAAAGAAGCAGAGGAGGCGGCAGCGGACCGGGCUCUCCGGUCCCUUUACAAAAACAGUGGAACAAAUCAGCCGCAGUCUAAUCAGCAACCAUCAAAAUCUCUCCCAGAGAUCAUAUAUAGCAGGCAGAGCGCGUCUGCUAGUGAUUCUGAUGGGGCAGAAACUGAUGCACAUAGUUCGACUCUUAGCGACGUGUCCGUUCUAAGAUAUGCACCUGUUAGUAGUUCUGAAAGUGAUCGAAGUUCAUUAGUGUCAGCAUGGGAUGAAGUUGUUCAGAGAAGCAACUCCAAUUAUGUCCCUACAGGAUCCGGAAGUAAACAUCCCGUCAGUGAAUUCAUGGAAUACGCACAAGCGAAUGGAGAAGUUGGAAGGAUUGAAGAAGAAUUUAAAUGUGGUUCUUCUCAUUGCCCAACGUUUACUGUGCAGGCUUACAUAGGAAAACGAAAGUUAGCCGAAGGAACAGGCAGCAGUAAAAAAAAGGCGAGGUGGGAUGCUGCUGAGUCGUCUCUCAAUAUGUUGGCACCAAGGCCCUCACCCAGGGCUUUGACGUACCCAGGAUUCUCGCUCGCACCUUCACCACCUAUAAUCGACAAGAACGCUGGGAUAUGUCCUGCUGGUGCUGACCCGAUCAGCAUCCUCAAUGAGUUUGCGCAGAAGAAGGGUUUAGAAUUGACGUUUCCGGAUCCGGAUGUUUCCGGGGCAGAUCAUGAAAGAAUGUUUACCCUUGGUGCGAUUUUAGAUAAUGUGACAUAUCCCAGAGCGUCAGCCAGUACAAUUAAAGAGGCAAAGAGAGAGGCAUCCCGAACCGCAUUAAGGCAUUUAAAACAGAAGAAAAUUUACCAGUUUACAUCGGGUUUAUCUGCGUUCUCGAUAAGCGAGCCUUUGACGUUCCAUGAUAGAAUAGCAAAGCUCUGUCACGAGAAGUUUAACACUGUGGUUGCAGACAUACCCGAGAACCUUGCCGGUCGUAAAGUGAUAGCAGGCAUCGUCAUGGAAACAAAAACUACGAACACUUUUGACGUCAUCAGCAUAGCCUCCGGGAACCGCUUUAUAAAAGGGGAUGCAUUGACGACAGAUGGGCACGUGCUGGUAGACUCACACGCUGAAAUCCUUGCUGCUCGUGGAAUGCGAAAGUUCCUUUAUUACCACUUAACAAAACUAAGCAAAGGGGAAAAGUCCACCGUCCUCCAAAGAAUCGAGGGGGAACAGGCUGAGUUAGCUCCAGAUAUCCAGUUUCAUCUGUAUAUAUCCACUGCACCAUGUGGAGACGGAGCUACAUUUACGCACAGUUCCGGCCAGUCAGAAGUAGAACCUGAUGGCAGUCACAACCCGAUAUUUGAUGAUAAUAAACAAGGACUGCUGAGGACAAAAGUGGAACAAGGUGAGGGACAGAUUCCGACUAAAAAGGUUCGAGAAAGUCACCAGUACCAAGGUAUGGACAAUGUGAGGCGUGGAGAACGGUUGCGUGUUAUGUCUUGUAGUGAUAAGAUCUGCAAGUGGAACCUGUUAGGAAUGCAGGGGGCGCUACUGUCUACACUGAUGAAGCCUGUGUACUUCAACUCCAUUACCUUAGGAACUCUCUACAACCACGGACACAUAGCUCGUGCAAUGUGCUGCAGACUAGAAAAAAGCUGCCGAAUUCGAUCAUUACCAGAUGGUUAUAAGGUUAACCAUCCAUUACUUGGCGCUGUCUCUCGAACGAAGGAACCACUACGAAGCGUCGAGAAAUCAACGGCACUUUGCAUUAACUGGAACAGUGCGGACGAAUGCGCUGAACUGACGAAUGGAACAACAGGCGUACCAAAUAUCAGCAGCGGAUUCGCCCAACAUAAGGCUGACUCAAGAUUGUGUAAACAAGGGAUGUUGCGGUCCUAUGCAGAAAUCUGUAGGAGUGCAGGCUUAUUGGAACUUGUCAAAGACGAUUAUUUGGAAACUAAAAAUGUAUCUAAACGAUACCAGCGUUGCAAAAAAGCCCUAUAUGAAUCCCUGCACAACCAAGAGUAUGGGACGUGGGUAGGACUGCCGAGAGAAUGCCAGCAAUUCUCUACAUCUUGUGUUGACGAUAUGUUCGCCUUAUGUGCUCGUCAGUUUACCCAUAGCGACAAUAAUUAAUCUUACUCAUUGUUAACAAGCUAAACAAUAGCUCAUAUCCUUUAACGAUUUGUACAUGGAUACUUGUGCUUUAAUGAUUGGAGAUUCCAAUUCAAAGAUAC